AUGGCCUCGCUAGCCGAACUCGCUGCCCCUGUCGACGGUAGCGAGUUCCUCGACUUGGACGCUUGGUCCCUCAAGGAAAGAGGGACAAAGACGGGGCAACCGCCGUUUGUGCCCGGCGUCCUCGAGGACGCCGGGCUCGCCGGGAUCAUGGAGGACUUCUGCCACUUGGGGCAGUCGUUGCAGCUGUGCCGGACUUGGUCCGCACACGCUGCGGCACCUGUGGCGAGCCUGGGCAUAAUGCCAGGACUUGCCGCAGGCCUCAUAAUUGACCCGUUCUCAUAUGAGAACGGGGGGAGUUUCUAGAUUGGGCUUGGGUGGGUCACGUGGGAUGGAACUGGGUAUAUAGAAUUUAUUUAUUGUUUUACUG